CAAAUUUUGCACAUAUUUAUCUUGAUUGCUUCGCUUUUAGUGGGAUAAAUGCACUAAGAAUGUCGAGCAACGAUUCAGAUGACAAUAGCACUAGUGCUGGCAGAGUAUCACCGCCAUUAAUAGGGUCAGAGGUGAGAAAUUCAAGUGAAAGUGACGAAGACAUUCGCCCAAGAUUUUCUCGGAGAACUCCAAUUUCAUCACCUUCAGAAUCAGCCCCUUCUACAACACAUGCUACAACUUCUGCCUUUAGAUCAGCUUUCCAUCGCCGUAUACCUCAAAUACAGGGUUCAUCUGUACCAGUGAAGGGAGAAUCUUUCUGUGACUGCCAUAGACAAAGUGAAAGAGAGUGCUCCUGUGGAGAGGAAGAUGAAUAUUUUGAAUGGGUAUGGGAUGAGGACUCUAAAUCUAAGGGCACGGUCAUAGAAUCUGACAAAAGAAAUGUUCAAUUUCACCCUGACUACAGUUCUGGAACUGCAGCAGUUAGAGGAAAUAAACCAAUGAUGCAUGAUCAAUACUUCUGGGAAAUCAAGAUGGUUUCUGCUGUCUAUGGCACUGAUAUGAUGGUAGGUGUCGGCACAGAGAACACAGACCUGAAUAAAUACCGCUAUACAUUCUGUAGUCUGCUUGGCAAAGACUCUGAGAGCUGGGGAAUGUCUUAUACAGGUGCCUUGCAUCACAGAGGGGAAGUACGCACAUAUUCAAACAGGUAUGGCCAGGGCACGAUUAUUGGGAUACACCUCGAUAUGUGGCGAGGCACACUGGCAUUUUACAAAAAUAGGAAGCCUUUGGGUAUUGCUUACACAGGGCUACAAGGGAAGAAACUGUAUCCCAUGCUUUCUUCCACAGCAGCCAGGAGUGGUAUGAAGAUGAUACGCUGUUGUUCAUUUCCCACAUCUCUACAGUUCAUGAGCUGUCAGGUGUUACGCAAGCACAUCUCACCUCCAUUGGACUGUAUCUCUGCAUUAAAGCUGCCCCCUGGCCUACAACUCUUUCUGGCUAACAACCUAUCAUGGCUACUACAACCCCAUGAGCAGCAAAGUGAGAACAAACGAUCGGGCAAGCGAGCCAGGAGCCCAGAUUGUGACAGCCCUGGUGGAAAGCCUAAGAAAGUAGCAAGACGUGAUAGUAAUAGUGAGAAUGAAAGUGAUGAUGGAGCCCUCACCAAAGAGGAGAUGAUUAGUCUUGUCACAUCUGGCAUUGAGGCGGUGACUGGGACCACACAUAUUGGACCUAGCUCUAGCGCUAACAUAGACACUAGCCCAGGCCCUAGCUCUAGUGCGGAUACAGACAUUUCCGCAAGUCCUAGUGCUGAAACAGACUCUAGCUCUAGUGCUAACAUAAACCCAACCCCAGGCCAUAGCACUGACCCUGGCUUAGGCACAAACUCUACCCUGGAAACUAGUGACUCUCCUACCCCUAAGACUGGUAGCACCCCUACCAUGGGCAUUAGCAAUCAAAGUUUUACAAGGACACUUGCAGAAAAUACAACCCCAAAUUUAACCAAAGGGGGCCAGGAUUCAAUAGAUAGUAUCAAAAUGGGGCCAAGUUGUUCUAAUAGUGCAGUAGAUAUAGGAGGUCAUAGUGAAGAUGACUCUCCUAGUGACAUUAAUGACACAUGUGUGAUAAUGGGAAGUGAAAGUGAUACUGAACUGUGUGACUCCUGUGUGCAUACACAUGAAAAUGACACAACCGAUGUGUCAAAUGACACACCAGAUGUGUCAAAAGACACAUGGAAUGUGUCAACACAACAAACAGACCAAAAUAUUUCUCUAAAGAGAGAUGAUCAGAACACUGAUCAAGAAGGAAGAUGAGUUAAUGAUGUAAGAUGUUAUUUAAUGACUUAAAGGUAUAUGACUAAACACUAUAUUAUUCAGUGACUUACAGGUAGACUGGGAGCUACAUGUAGUAAGCCACCUUUCCAAAAUAUGUCUCAAAUAUCCACUAAAAUCAUUCCUUGUGAUGUCAGUUUACCUUGCAAAUUUCUUUAGAUAUUACUUGGAAAUAAGGAGGCAUUUUGGUAGAUAUAUAUUUUGGCAGUAACUGCUACAGAGUAAUCAAUCUGCAGUCAGGAUCAGUAGCAAACAUGUAAAGUUGCUAUCUACCCAAUCGUGGUAUCAUACACUUGUGUACGUGUGUAAUAUACAUAUACCAUAUAGUCACAAGUAAUACUAUAUGUAUGUAUGACACUACAGGUAUAUAAACAGUAAAUGUAUGUGUAGUAGUGCACUACUAUAUGUUUAAUAGUUUUCAAUAUGUUGCACUUCUCAUGUAAUAUUAUAGCAUAGAAGUGCAGUGAACAGUCCUAGAGUCGCGUAAUUGGCGCAUGGGGGUCUCGAAUAAUCAUGUCAACUCCAGUGUCAACUUGUCCGUUUUAGGUCGCUUUAAUGUUUAUGUCUAUGUUAUAUAAUUUGAUAUUCUCUGAGUACCCGAAAAUCUACUGGUUUUUUAAUCAAUUGUUACCAAUUGAACUAUCAAUUGUUUUUUUUAUUUAUUACAUAUAUAUUUAUGUAUGUACCAAUGGGGUAUGGUCAAUCAGUUAAUACCCAUCAACAAAAGAUGAUUUAUUGCAUUUUGACUCCUUUUUCCCCCUCUAAAUAGUCUGUGUUAAUUUGCACAUAUUCGGUACCAGCUUAGGACUAUACA